UAAUGGAUCGUCUAAACCCAUCAUCCAAAGAUUGCAUUGUUCCACUUAUUGAAGAAAAUUCUCCUUGUAUUUGUAAUAAAUAAUAUUAUAUUAUUAGAAAGCAACAAACAAGAGAUUGACUCCUAAUUAUUAUUACCCUAAUUUACAUAAAUGUUCCAUAAUCCUGACCUUCUACUUUAAACUGUUCAAUUAGAAUAGUUGAAGCUACAAGCUUAAUUUUACUCUCAGAUGAAUAAUCUACCACUAAUUACUGAUGAAUCAAGAGUGGUUGAUUUAUUCACUCAACAACUUCUCUAACAAUAACUUAUGAUUAAUGCAGCACUUCUUAAUCAAUUCUAGGUAUCAUCUUAUACUUAUGUAGGGCGUUGAAAAUGCUAACUAGAGCUAAACAAAGGAUUUAGGUGAUAAUAAAAUAAAAAGAAAACAUAUUAAAAAAUCCCAUAAUCCUCAAUUUAAUACAGGUAUAUACUUUCUUUACAUUGUUAGGACAUUGGAGUGCUUAAGAACAUUAGGUUUAUUUGAACUUCUUACAAUAACACAGGGAAGUAAUGGAAAGUUCUGAAUUAAAAAAAACUAACAAAAUCUUCAAAUUAAUGUCUGAUAUAAUUAAGAGUCGAUCACCUUCUUAGUGUAGAUCUCAUCAUUAAAAAUUCAAUCCCUAUUCCAAAUAUUUGAUUAAUGUAUUAAAUUGUUGUGUAUAAAUAGAACAACAUUGUUCGUAGAAAAAUGAAAGAACAAUUAAAGGAUAAUUAAUAAUAACAGUAAUAAAUUUCAGAAAAUGAAAAUAAUCAGUAAUAAUAAUCUCAAGAAUCUAAUUUAAAAGUUGAGUUCUAAUAGCAAUUACAAGAAUCUAAAAUAGAACACAAAAUAGAACAAAAAAUAGAAUUCCAGCAAUAAUUCUAAGAGUCCAAUGUUAGAGAAGAAUAAUAAUAAGUCAGUGGUCAGGAUUGA